AUGGCCUUGAAUGGUACUGGCAGCUCCAUGGCGUUUGCCAUCGCUCCAGUGACCGCAGUUCGCCCGAGCGUGCCUGCCCAGGCGGAAACGAAGACCGCGCCGGGGAAGAUCUCGCAAAGCUCCCUUCCUGUUGCCUGCGCUGGCCUCAUGGUCCCUGUGCUGGGCUCCGUACGACGCGGCAAGAAUGGCAAGAA